AGACAAAGAGACAGACAGACAGAGAGAGAGAGACAAACAGACGAGAGACAGACAGAGGGACCGGAUACCUGAUGAACAUCAGCGGACCUGUUUGAAGACCGCAGCAUCUAGGCUACUCAGGCCGAUAAUUAUGAUGUCGGAGAAUUUGGAGCCGAGCGAUGAUGUCAGCCUCCUGCACCCCCACGAGUUGGAGCCCCCGAGGGAGGAGGACGGACACUGCCCCCUGCCCUUCAGGCUGCAGCUGAUCGACGACUUGUCCUACGAAGACGUGAAGAAGUGUUACAGAGGAUCGACAGUCAGCAAGUACAACUCUCAGUACCACAAGCUGUUCCAGACCGUUCCUAAAGAGGAGAUCCUGAUGAAAGUGUAUUCGUGUGCGCUGUUGAGAGACAUCCUGCUGCAGGGACGACUCUACAUCUCCAGAAACUGGCUGUGUUUCUACGCCAACCUGUUUGGUAAAGACAUCAAGGUUCUGAUUCCCGUGGUGUCGGUUCGACUGGUGAAGAAACACAAGACGGCCGGCCUGGUGCCAAACGGCCUGGCUAUCACCAUGGAUACGGCACAGAAGUACGUGUUUGUGUCCCUGCUGUCCAGAGACAGCGUCUACGAUGUCCUCCGGAGGAUCUGCACUCACCUGCAGGUGAACGGGAAGAGUCUGAGUCUGAAGCAGUACCUGGAGGAGCCCAGCUCCCUCUCCAUGGAUGAGUUCCCGGAGGUGCUGAAGUGGAGGAGGAAGCCCUCGCUGCCAGCUGUCUCGUCCUCGCUGCCGGACCUGCUGGGAAGCUCCUCCCCCGACCUCGUCGCAGACACGCCUUUCAGCACGCACACGCUCACAGACAGCAGUUUGGAAACGGAGAAGAUCCUGCUGACAGAACCGGUACCUGAACUGGGUCAAAUGGAGUACCAGCUGCUGAAACUCUUCAUCCUGCUUGUCUUCCUGCUGGUGCUGUCGUCGUGCUAUCUGGCGUUCAGAGUUUGUCGUCUGGAGCAACAGCUGAGCUUCCUGAGCAGCCAGCCGACGCUCAGAGAAAGGUGUGGAGAGGUGCCCUGCUGGCUAGCCAAUCAGAGGACAGGAACCUGACACCGAAAGCCAAUCACGGAGAAGAGGAACUAAAACUUGCACUUACAUAGACUACCCCUCGGGGUGGGGUGGGGGGCU